AUGCCGUUACAAUUAGUACCCGAUAAGUUGCGCACCGCAUGCGCAGAGUUUCAGCAAAUGCCGAACAUGGGCAUCAUCUGCCUCUCCCGAAAUCCAUGGGAGUCCCCUCUCCAUAUGGUUCUGAAAAAGUCGACCAACGACUGGCGUCCAUGUGGAGAUUUUCGCGCAAUCAAACGCGUGCUAAUUUUGGAUAGGCAUCCGAUCCCGCAAAUCGCCGAUCUCAUGUUCAACCUAGUCGGUGAAACUGUUUUCAGCCGCAUGGAUCUGGUUUGCGCAUACAACUAG